AUGUCUCAAACUCAUGCGACAAGUGACCCUUAUGACAUGAAACAUGUUCUUGAAGCAUUAACAGGCGCCAUUGAUCGCAUGGCUCAGAGAAUUGAUACACUGGAGGAUAAGGUGGAGCAAUCAACUCUAGGCAAGAAUGCCUCCAAGAGACAACCAUACGUGGAGGAGUUAGGUGAUUCGAACAAUGAGGAGGACAUGGCAGAUGGAAACCGAUUCCGAAAUUAUAAACGCAUCCCUAAUCAAGGGGAUGAUGAACUAAAGGGAAUCAAGUUCAAAAUUCCUACCUUUCCAGGCAAGUCGGACCCUGAAGCAUAUUUGGAAUGGGAGAGGAAGAGUGAGAUGCUCUUUGACUGCAACCACUACUCAGAGUCCCAAAAAGUAAAGUUGGCAACCAUUGAGUUCACUGAAUAUGCAGCCGUUUGGUGGGAUCAGAUUUGUACCAGACAAAGGAGAAAUGAAGCACCACUCAUUCGCACCUGGGAAGAACUCAAAAGGAUCAUGAGGAAGCGCUUCAUACCAGCGUAUUACCACAGGGAUUUGCACCAUAAAUUGCAAACUCUCACCCAAGGUAGUAUGACGGUUGAGGAUUACUUCAAGGAGAUGGAAAUGGCCAUGCUGCGGGCUGAUGUUCGGGAGGAUAUAGAGGCAACCGUGGCACGUUUCCUGAGAGGACUACACGCUGAAAUUGCAGAUGUUGUGGAGCUCCAACAUUAUCUUGACAUGGAUGAAUUAUUGGACAAAGCUAUCAAGGUGGAAAGGAGGCUCAAGAGGAGGGGUAUCCCCCACCAAAGCUCCAACUUCCAAUCUGGAAAUUGGAGAAUUCAGCAGUAUAAAGGCGAGAUUACCCACACGAGUGAGCAAAAGUCAGCCAAGGCAAGUGGGGUUUCGAAUGGAGCAUGGGUGCCUGGUUCGUCAUCUUCAACACCGACCCAAAGGGCCGAAUUUAAGGCUGAUCUAGGGGCAUCUAAACCUAGAAAUCGCGACACUAAGUGCUUUAAGUGUCAAGGUUUCGGUCACAUCGCGUCCCAAUGCCCAAACCGAAGGACCAUGCUCAUGCUUCCAAGUGGUGAAGUGCUAACGGAUGAGGAGGAUGAGUAUGAAGGCAUGCCACCAUUGGUUGAGGAAGAAGAGAUAAUUGCCCCUGACCAACCAGUUGGACUAGGCCUUGUUACAAGCUUGAUUAUCGACGGAGGAAGUUGUACCAAUGUCGCCAGUGUCUUAUUUGUCAAGAAGUUACACCUACCUGUCCAAGAUCACCCUACACCAUAUAAGCUUCAAUGGUUUAGUGAUUGCGGCGAAGUGCGAGUGUCCAAGCAGGUUUCUGUGAAGUUUAACAUUGGGAGAUAUGAGGAUGAGUUGGUGUGUGACGUGGUUCUUAUGCAAGCUGCCCAUCUUAUUCUUGGAAGACCUUGGCAAUUUGAUCGCGCGGUUACUUAUGAAGGUCAUUCCAACAAAUACUUGUUCAUGCAUAAAGGGAUAAGGAUCAUACUUGUUCCACUCUCACCUACACAAGUUCGAGAGGACCAAAAUGUUUUACACAGGGAAUGGGAGUUGGAUCGAUUAGAAGGCAAGGAAAAGAAAGGGCGAACAUUGAUCCUGCUCGCUAAGCCUGAGGACAACAUCGGGCACUGGGAGCUGGAUCGUUCCACCUUGGUGGUGUUUAACGUGUUUUCAUUUGUGCAGGUUGUUCGUGGUCAGAUAUCCUUCAUCUUGCAGUGUGCAAUACCCGCAACCAUAGAGAUCUGCGAAGAGAGUGCUGGUCAAGUAAUUCCAACCAACACUAGUCGAGUUACAUUGGCCUUUGAUGCAGUGUUUGCACGUCUUGAUGCGUACAACUCUCAGCCCAACCAAACCUUGGUUCAUUAUAGCCCAUAA